CGUUCUGAGUUCGGGAGACUAACCAGUCAUUUCCCGGGGAGGUUGUUGUUGUAUCGCUGUGUUGUUGAGCUCCCCUAGUUAGCGAGGGUCAAGGUGGACCGAACUUUUGUCUACCACCUUACACUUUCUGAGGUGUUCGUUACUCUAGAUGAACUUCACUGUGAACGAAGGUUUCAGAGGGGUUCGUGCUCAUCCAUGAAUCGCGUGUUUUUCCUGUAAAUAAACUGCCCAAUUGCUGAUUGGAGUCGAGCCCCGGAUAGUCCAUCAUAGCUCCUGUUCUAUAUGCCAAACUGUUAGCGAGUGGUGGCAAAGACCAUGGCUCAAGCAGAAAUAACACCCCGCUAUGCGUUCGGAGUACGUCCCGACAUACCCGGUAGCGUCGUGUUCAGCAGCGAUCGAAGCCUCGUCUACUCGUGCGGCAAGAACCUGGUCAUUUACAACACGGAGACGCUCCAGCAGCAGCUCAUCAGCUACGCCACUGCCGGCGGCGAUGUGGACGGUCUCAGCGCCGUGUCUAUCUCUCCGAGUCGCCGCUUCCUGGCGGUGGCGGAGCAGGGUGCGAGCAGCGAGGCACACGCCCUAGUGACAAUCUGGGACUUGCACACGCUGCGCCGGCGCAAGGUGAUGCAGAUCAAAGAGAGCCAGAGUCCGACUGUGAUCAGCAUGAGCUUCUCAGCGGAUAGUAAGUAUCUAGCGACGCAGAGUUCCAAACCAGAUUGGUCUCUGACGCUGUGGAACUGGGAGAAGCCCAAGAGCAUUGCCACAGUCAAGUCCUCCAAUAUCACCACAGCAGCUGUGUACCAGGUGCUGUUCAACCUGGUGGACAACACUCUGCUAUCGGUGGUCGGUGACGGCAUCCUCAAGGUGUACCGCUAUAGCGAGAAUGCACUGAAGGUGAUCAGCGGCUUCAAGACUGAGCCGACGGUCAUGCGAUGCCAGCACUGGGUCGCCGAAGACAAGCUGCUGGUCGGAAACGAUGCGGGCGAACUACUCAUAUUCCUCAAAGGAGAGCUCAAACAGAAGCUCAUAUUCGAGAUGCCGUUACCGGAGACGGAAGAACUUGAUGGAGAUGGCCAGCGAGUUCACGAGCCUCUUGAGGGCGACGAUGCCUUGAACGCCAGACGAAUCCACGCCCUGGUGUCCGGCAGUCGUCAUGUGUAUGUCUCUUUCAAUCACAGCAUGCAGUACUUGGAGAGAAGUGAGGACGGACGAUAUGAGAGAGCUGGUGAGCUGGCUCUGCCGCUUCCCAAGGACACGCGUCUCGACUCUGCUCAUGACAUCAUCCAAAUUGUUCGGGCGCCAAGUGAUGAUGUAAUUGCAGCAGUCACCCGUGGCAACCAGAUUUACACGGUCCCGUCUGGGUUCUCGGGCACUUUGAAGGGAAUGGGGAACAACCUGACGCGCCUGACACCGACGUUCCACAGCAAAGCGAUAACUGGCAUGAGCAUUUGCGUGUGGAAGUCGCUCAUCGCCACUUGCUCCACCGACAAGUCCGUGAUCCUCUGGGACUUUGAGAGUUGCCAGCAGGAACUGGCGAUUCAAAGCAAAGAAGAGGCGUACAGCGUGGCCCUGCAUCCCAGCGGGCUGUACAUGCUGGUCGGAUAUGCGGACAAGCUGCGGCUCAUGGGCCUGCAGAUCGAUGGCAUGAGGGAGUGCAAGGCGUUCACGAUUCGAGCGUGCCGAGAGUGUGUGUUCAGCAACGGUGGCCAGUUCUUCGCUGCCAUCAAUGGCAAUCUCAUACAAGUGUUCAACACGUAUACGUAUGAUGUCGUGGCCAACUUCAAGGGACACAGCAACAAGAUCCGAGGCUUGCAGUGGAGUCCAGAUGACAGGACACUGAUAUCCUGCGGACUGGAUGGCGGUGUGUACGAAUGGCUGAUUGAUGAAGGCAAGCGUAAUGGAGAAUGCGUCACCAAGGGACACCACUACUCGAGUCUGCUGUACACGUCGGAUCUCAAAAACAUCCUGGUCGUGGCUGCAGACAGCAGCAUCAAGGAGAUCAGCGCGAAGACUUCGGAGGUACAACGCUCCUUCAAGACGAUCGCCCCGAUCACUCAGAUUACUGCUGGCCAUCAGGGUCGCAUGAUGUUUGCAGGGGCUGCUAACGGGACUGUGCUGUCGCUCAAAUGUCCCUUGGCGUCGGCCAUCGAGCACAAUGAGCUGAUCGCACACAGCGGCGCCGUUAGCAAGAUUGCUUUGUCUAAUGACGGGCAGCAUCUCUUCACGGCUGGAGAGGAUGGAUCUCUUUUCUUCUUCAAAGUCCAGGCCGGGGAUUCGUUCGGAGGCAGCAUCUCACGGACUCAGUACUCGGAUGAUGUUCUCAUACCCAAGAACAUGCUGAAGGACAAGGACAGCGCACUGCAUGAUCUCAAUCAACGUGUGGACGAGCUACAGGUAGAGAACGAGUACCAACUGCGUCUGAAGACCUUGGCUCACAAUGACGUGCUGAUGGAGAUGACUGAGAAGUUCCACAAGGAAAUGGAGUCGCUGCAGAAACAGCUUACGGCCGUCACGAAUGAGAAGUCAAAGAUGCAGAAAGCGUACGAAAAGGAGAAGCUAUCGUUCCUGGAGAACAAAGGCCAAGAGUUUUUGGAAAUGGAGACAUCGAACAACAUGAAGUUGAUGGAUGAGUACGAGAAAUAUGAAGAGCUUCAGGCAAAGUGCCAGCGGCUUGAAGAGACUCACGAGAAGAAAAUGAAGGACCUGACACAGAUGAACGAGGCAGCGCAGCGUGAGAUCCGCCUGCACUACGAGGCUAAGCUGAAGGAGAUGCACGACGAGCUGGAACAUGCGGAGGAUCUGAGGUCUGAAAUGAAAAGAGAUUUUGAGGAGAUGAAGGCUCAGAUUGAGGAGGACUGCGAUCGCGAGAUUCUCGACGACGCCAACAUGUUUGAGACGAAGAUGAGAGAGGCGAAAGAGCAGAACAUCAAACUGGCUGGAGAGGCAGGUGUAAUGAAGAAGAAGGUGAACUCGCUUGCCAAGGAAAUCACUGAGCACAAGGCAACGAUUGAGAAGCUGCAAGGAGAGCGGAGUAAGUUGCAGGGCGUCAUCAAGACGUUGGAAAAGGACAUCCAGGGGCUGAAGAAGGAGAUGCUGGAGCGGGAGGAGACAAUCUCGGACAAGGAGAGACAAAUCGUUGACAUUCGGAAGAAGAAUCAGGAGUUGGAGAAGUUCAAGUUUGUCCUUGACUUCAAGAUCAAGGAGCUGAAGCGGCAAAUCGAGCCCCGUGAUGCCACCAUAGCACGCAAGGAGAGCAAAAUCAAUCGGAUGACUGCCGAACUGUCAGCGUAUGAGAAGGCAUACCAUGCGUACAAGCACGAAGCCACUGGCUACAAGCAGAAGCUAGAGUCACAGGAGGGUGAAAUGCUACAGCAGCAAGAGAAGAUCCGCGUACUUGGACUUCUUAUCAAAAACUUGAAGAAAGACCUGAGCGAUGCCCUGGGUCUCAUCCAGUAUCCCAAGGAGUUGAAGAAAUCCGUCAUAACAAUGGGAGAAACAUAUCUCCCCAAGGACAAGAAGCCGGAGGAAGUUGUCCAGAAACCGUCAAUGAUGUCAGAGUCCGAGAACUCUGCGUACGUCAUUAAUUGCCUGGAGCGUAGCAAUGAGGCGCUGGAUAAGACACUGUCAAAAGACCGCAAGAUCCACAGGGAAGAGAAGGCGCGAAUCUUGGCAGAAAAUGUUCAACUCAUCAAAGAGAUCAACGAGCUGCGAGGGGAUUUGAAGUCGACGAGAACGCGCGUGCACGAUUUGGAAGUCGCCGCCAAGUCUCAGCGCACGUUGCGCUUGCAGCAGGUAGCGGCCUCGGCAUCGGCAGUGGGUAUGACUGCUGGUUCUAGCAGUGCCAGUUUGACGGCGCUGGGUGCGAGCCCGGUGGCUGGAUACGGCACCGCUGUCAGCUUGCCACUCGGCCGCCAGGACAACGCCGGCCAGCAACGUGUCCACACCGGCACUGCCGGUCCUGACGACGUGUCUGAGCUGCGGCAGGUCAUCGAGCAGCAGAAAGAGGAGCUCACAGCGCUGCGGGUCAAGUACCGUGCCGCCCUGUCUGGCCAGAGAGCAACGGUUGUCAACUUCCCUAUGAUACGCUCCACCUCGGUUACUGGUCAGUGAUGCGGUCGGAUGAGUCUUAUUAUGCAUAGAUAAGACACUCAGUGCUGUUACUGUGCUACCUGCAGCAUGCUGUGUGCUCAGCAUCUUGACGGCAGGGGCACACGGCAUGUUGGUACCGGACUUGAUGAUGUGCAGUGCAUGAUUACAUUGUACCCAAUGGUAGGUGGCUGGACGCUGGACGGCCUUUGUCCACAACCUCAUGGGAACUUGACUCUAGAUCGGCGGACCGUGACUUCCUGCUAACACACUUGGCACGAAUCUCAGCGUUAACUUGUAUUCACCUGCUCUUGCCAUUCUUCUUUCCAAUGGUGCAAGGAUUUCUCAUACUCAUAGGAUGAUUAUUGCCACCGAGAUGUGAUGAGUUCCAUAAGACCCUGAGAGUACAUUAGAACUUACAUCUAGAGUUUUCCCUAACUGUCAAUCAAAUUUAAUCCAAAAUGCUAGUCAUUGUUGAACAAAUGGAUAGUUGUCCUCAUCUACUUGCAUCUAUUCGAGUGGCUGUACGUACAUUUCUGAUAAAGCUUGAAAUGUUUUUGUCACAAUA